GUGAUUUGUGAGUGAAUUCAUAAUCUGUAUUCUGUCAUUCUGUCUGCAUUUGUUGUCUAUAUUUUGGGGUUGAUUGAAAACAAAAAGAAAUUGAAUAAUGGAAGAAGCAGUGUCUGUAAAGCAUGAGGGUAAAAAUAUUGAUAUAAAGCAAGAAAAUGUGGAUAGUUAUAAGCUCGAAUUUGAUUCGGGAAGUCAGGAUAGUAGCAAAAGUGGUAGCGGAGGAUAUCAACGAUGGGCGCCCAAUUUAAAUGGUGUAAGAAAAAGUGCAUUUACGCCGUACAAAUCGGUCCAGUGCACCGCGUUAACAAAUUUACAAAGAGGUAAUACGCAGGCGCGAGUCCCGGAGUUACCCCAGCCAGAUUGUAGCCUACACGCGAAGGCUGGCCGCGGCGAAAUAACCCGUGACGACGUGAAACUGGAGCAGUAUGUUGACAUCACUGAUGAACACGGCCUCACUGCCCUCCACUGGGCAGCUAGCUACGGCCAGCUGAACAGUUGUCAAGAUUUGGUAUGGUGUGGUGCCAAUGUUAACAUGCGGGGUCCUGAAGGGGAGACGGCACUACACCUGGCAGCGGCGGGCGGACACCAUGAGGUUGUGAAGUUCCUUCUCAAUGAGGGGGCUGAUGCUGACAUACAGGAUGAUUCUGGUAGCACAGCAUUGAUGUAUGCAGCAGCAGCCGACUUCCCUUACACUUGUAAUGAGCUUCUGAUCAGAGGUGCAGAUCUCACACUUACCAAUGAUUAUGACCAAGAUGCUUACACACUGACCACUACCAAUAACUGCAAACUGGCACAAACUGUGAUAGAAAACUUUUUGAUUGGCUGCCUCAGUAAAAUGUGAAACUAUUAACUGCCAUCUUAUGUUGCUUUAGUCAACCAAGACAGCAGAUUCAUUUGCCUCCAGGAGUUAAAUGAAAAUACAGGGAUUUAGUUUAUAAUGUAAAUUAAUAUAUAUUUUUAAGUUCAUUAUAUACAAAUUACAACAAUGUGACCAUAAAUAAGUAUGACUCAAUUACAGACAAUAUCAAA